UCUCAAGUCAACACGAACUGGAACUGCUUAACCAUAAUUUACGGACCAAACUAUCUUUCACUCUCCCGAAGCAUCUGAAAGAAAGAAAUUAAAAAGCCAUUUCUUGAAGCAGUUUCAUGCUUUUCCACUGGUUCCACCAUGACAAAGCUUCUAAUCCAUGGAGUCCACGUUCCUGGCUCCGCACUCUUCUUCAUCUCUCUUCAAUACCCACUUCUUCUUCUCACUCUUUCCCCGGCCUACGUAACUCAGACCAAGCACUUCAUCAAUUGUGGAUCAAGCAACAGCAUAAACUACUUCACCAGGAACUUUGUUGGGGACGCGAGUUCUGACUCCGUCUCCUUCACAAAACAGAAUACCUCCAUACUAUCUAGCAACCAAUCAUCCAGCGUCUCAGCAAUCUACAACACAGCAAGAAUCGUCAGAAGCCCUUCGUCGCGAUACGUUCUUGAUAGAACCGGUAAAGGUACUCAUAUUGUGCGACUUCACUUUUUCCCUUUCGCUUCCACAAGCAAUCUUUCCGAGGCUGUGUUCAAUGUCUCCGUAAACGGGCUCACACUUCUCAGCACUUUCCAAGUGCCCAGCACCACGAACUCUCCUGUAGUGGAGGAAUUCUUCCUUAGCAUAAAUAGGACUAAGUUCGUGAUCUAUUUUAGUCCUCAAGGGUCAUCUUUUGCAUUUAUCAAUGCCCUUGAAGUGUUCCUUGUGCCUGACGGAUUCAUUCCAGAUUCUGCUCCAAAUGUGCGCACAGUUUACCGAAUUAACGUCGGAGGUGAUGAAGUAACUCCAGCCGAUGAUAGUUUGUGGAGAAGUUGGGAUCCUGAUGAUAAUUAUAUUGAUGUCCCAAAUGCUGCACAGAACAGCACUCACUAUGGGAGGGUUCUUAAUUAUCAGGAUGAUCUAGACAAAUACUUAGCAUCAGAACAAGUCUACCAGACUGCUAAAGUGAUGAGUGUGAAUUUUACCAAUGGGAAAUUAUACCGUAACACCACCUGGAGUUUCAAGGCGAAUGCGAACGCCCGGCACUUGGUUUGUGUUCACUUUUGCGACUUCAUUAGCCCAUCUCCCAACACGGUGCACUUCAAUCUCUAUUUUUAUCGGAACUUCACUGAGCUUAUCGACCCAUAUGGCAAAAAUGGGUUUCGUGUGCAGGCAGUUCCCUUUCAUUUUGAUUUUCUGGUUAAACCGGGCAGCUCAGGGCUAGUGAAAAUCAGCAUCGGCGUCCUAAAUGCCUCAAUUUAUCAGCAGGCCUAUCUCAAUGGCCUGGAGAUAAUGGAGAUUAUAGGGUCGUGGGACUCGAAUUAUAUGCCCUCAGAGAAAGAUAAUCACAAUGUUGGCCUCAUAAUCGCGCUAGUUUCUGGAAGCAUCACGCUUCUCAGCAUUUUUGGAUUUGCAGCGAUCUUUGUCUGCAAGUAUAGAAAGCCAAAGAAAACUGAUAUGUCGGUUUGGACACCAUUGCCUGCAUUCCGAGGAGGCAGUAAACUGACCGAGCAAACUACCCACGGCUCCGCUGUCCCUAAUUUUCACCUAGGACUGAAUAUACCCCUCGCUGAAAUCCAUUUUGCUACCAACAACUUCAACGGAAAACUUUUGAUAGGCAGUGGUGGAUUCGGUAAUGUCUAUAGAGGAACUCUCAGGGAUGGCACUAAAGUUGCCGUGAAAUGGAGCCAGCCAGGGUCUGGACAGGGCUUCUCCGAGUUCGAGACAGAGAUCACCGUUUUGUCCAAAAUCCGCCAUCGCCACCUCGUAUCUUUAAUUGGGUAUUGCACUGAAUGGUUGGAGAUGAUACUUGUUUACGAGUUUAUGGAGAAGGGGAGCUUAAGAGAUCACCUGUACAAUUCUGAUUUCCCAUUCUUAGCAUGGAAGCAAAGGCUCGAGAUCUGCAUUGGAGCGGCCCGGGACUUGAACUACCUCCACAAAGGCGUGGCUGGAGGAAUUAUUCACCGUGACAUUAAGUCCACCAACAUUUUGCUUGACGAGAACUACGUUGCAAAGGUCGCUGACUUUGGUCUGUCCAAGUUGGGGCCUCUCGAUCAAAGCCAAACCCAUGUGAGUACAGCGGUCAAGGGUACCUUCGGGUACUUUGAUCCAGAGUACUUUAUGACCCAACAGCUGACGGAAAAAUCAGAUGUGUACUCGUUUGGAGUUGUUCUUCUCGAGGUGCUAUGUGCGAGGCCUUCUAUCGACCCUUUGCUUCCUAGAGAACAGGCCAGCUUGGCCGAGUGGGGCAUUACAUGCAUCAAGAAUGGAAACAUUGACCAAAUAGUGGACCCCGUUCUUGCUGGUCAGAUCAAUCCGAAUUCGCUGAGGAAAUAUGGGGAAGUUGCUGAGAAAUGCUUGCAAGAAGAGGGCAAAGAGAGGCCUAGCAUGCGGGAUGUGCUCUUGGACUUGGAAUUCGCCUUGCAGCUUCAGCAAACCCCAUUGAAAAGAAAGAUAUAUGGUGACAGCGCAACUGGCAGUUCGCCGGUUUUUACUCUUUCGAAUGUGAGGAAGCUCCCAUCAUCUAGUGCAGCCAUGAUCGAGGAAGAGGGUGUGGCCACAGAAGGGAUGUAUAGCUGUGAGAUGUCCAUGAGCGGUUUUUCCCAGAUGAAGAUUGAUGAAGCCAGACGAGUUCCAUAACACACGGUAUCUAUUGAAGUGUUUCUCAUCAUUGUCCUGAAUUGGGCCUUGUUGAAGCAUUUGGUUCAGCAUAGUUGUUGUGGUGAUGUGUUAGCAUAUAAUUGUUUAUUGUACCGGAGAAGGCAACAGUGGAUCGUGAUAAAUGGGAAGUGAGAGAGAUUGCAUGCCCCUUAGUUGGAGACCAAAAAAUAAAAUAAAAAACACUUGUUUUACAGAUUGCACCAUGGAUGUCCUGCUCUGUAAUCGUUUUGUUAAUGAUGCUAGAUGGCUUUUACAGUUAUGUGUUAUCAUAAGAGAUUGCACACCUCGUAUUGUUAUUUUCUCUAAAUUUUCCUUCAU